AUUACCCAUCCUCUAUACUUCUUUUAUCAUUGUUCUAAACGAUUACAAAACGUCAUUGCAUAUUGAUAACGUCCUGUCUAAUGUCUAGUGAUAUUGAUAAGAAAGUUCAAAGUUUCAAACUUCAAAGUCAAGGAGUUUACUAAAUAACUUGUAGCUUUAAAUUAAUUUAAAAUUAUUAAUAAAUUAAAAUGACAUCAGGUGCCGUUGCCGGGAAAUUGGCACUGGUCACAGGUGCUGGAUCAGGACUUGGUCGAGCUGCUUGCCAAGUGCUGUCUCGAGAGGGCGCCACCGUUAUAGCUGCUGAUAGAAACUAUGAAGCUGUACAGGAGACUAUUAGAAAACACACUGCAUUGGCAUCUGGGUCUAAUGCUAUAGGUGACCACACUGCCGUUGAACUUGAUGUCUCAAACGCCAAAUCAGUUCAGAGCCUGUUGCAAAUGAUGAUCAAUCAAUACAAAACUCCACCAACUAUUGUAGUCAAUUCGGCUGGCAUCACCAGGGAUAAUUGGUUGGUGAAGUUAUCAGAAGAGGAUUACGAUAGUGUUCUUAAUGUUAAUUUAAAGGGCACUUUUCUAGUCAUGCAGGCAUUUGCGAGAGCUAUGACCGAAGCAGAACUACCUGGAUCUAUUAUAAACAUAUCAAGUAUUGUGGGAAAAUAUGGAAAUAUGGGGCAAACUAACUACGCAAGCAGUAAAGCAGGUGUUGUGGCUUUGACACAAUCUGCUGCUAAAGAAUUAGGAAAGUUCAAUAUAAGAGUAAAUGCUAUACUGCCUGGCUUUAUAAAUACUCCAAUGGUAAAAACGGUACCAGAAAAGGUCAUUGGCCAAAUGAUGAAAUUAAUUCCUUUGGGACGUCUCGGCGAUCCCAUGGAAGUUGCAGAAGUGAUAGCAUUUUUGAGCUCUAACAAGAGUUCUUUCAUCACGGGCGCUGCUAUUGAUGUCAGUGGAGGAUAUUAGUUACAACCCUAGUUCUCCAAGUAGGGUGGACUUUGGAGCGACAUGUUUAUAUGGUUCCUAACAUUUUAAACGUUAUCCCUCUUAUGAGAAACUUAAACAAUUACACUCUUUAUAAUUCAUUUAUUUUAGGCCGUGACUCUCCUUUUCGAGACAUUCAUGAAACAUUUUAAUAAUACCAGUUACAAUCAAUAAGCGGUAGACAGAUAUUUUUGGUGAAAUUUUUGUUACAAGGCAGGUAAUAAUUGUACUUAGUUCUUUGAAACUGAAUGAAUGCCUGCCUCAAAUGAUAGUUGUUCUCGUUUUGCUGGGUAAGGGAUUUUAAGUUUUUAAAUAGUUAUUUUUGUUGAAAAUUGACUUAUUUUCUAUGCUUGGGAAGAUUGUAUUUACUCGAAUGUUCAGUGUUAUUCUAAACAUACCUAUAUUUUCAUUUUUACCUAUUAACAGGUUUAUGGGCAUUAUGCAGGUGUUGUUUAAGGGGUAAAAUGUACUUAAUUAAGUCAAAUCCUACAAUCGUGACAGUAAUAAUUAUUGUUGUUAUAAUUUCAAUAAAUUAAUAAUUAUUAUUACGGUUUUACUUGUAAAAAAGCAGGGUGUAUACAAUAAAUGAUUGCUGUGUUGUAAAUAAAAUUGUAAAAUUAAACUUAAAUAUUUACUUAUAGUGUGUUCUGCAGUUUAAAACAUUAAUUUCUAUAAUCCGUGUCUUCCAUUGGCUGUGAUAUUUGAUUUUUGUCGAAUAUUUUGUACUAAAAGGUGUUCAAUGUAAUAAAAUCUUUACAUAUGUA